CCACUUGCAGCCACUGAUAUUCCAGAUUUGCGCGUGAGACAUCGCUCGACGAACAACCCAUCUGCCCAGUGUGUUCGAUUAUUUAUCGAUAUUAUUGAUUCUGUAAAUAUUUAAGUUGACUGUGUAAAACACGAGCGAAGUACAAUAAUGGCGAGACAUGUAGUCUGCUGUUUUCUCCUUGGAGUGGCUAUGCAAGCCCUCAUUGUGUCUGCAGGGCGCCCGGAUUUCAUUACCGACGACAUGAUGGCAAUGGUUGCGGAUGAUAAGGCGCGAUGCAUGGGGGAACAUGGAACCACCGAAACUCUCAUCGAUGAAGUGAAUAAUGGCGCUUUGCCAAAUGAUCGAGCUUUGACCUGCUACAUGGACUGUCUCUUCGCAGCUUUCGGUGUCAUUGACGAGGGAGAGCUUGAAGUAGACAUGUUGGUUGGAUUCCUCCCGGAUCACAUGCAGGAUCAAGCGCGAGAACUUCUGGAGGCUUGUGCGAAACAGCCUGGAGCAGAUCCGUGUGACAAAGUCUUCAACAUUGCUAAAUGCGUACAGGCGAAACGACCAGAUCUGUGGUUCAUGAUCUGAGCUGGACAAGACGUAGAAUCAAGAAGGCUGGGCGAGUUUGCAGAUGAGAGAGUGUAGUCAAUUAAUUGAAAGUGGACAUGUUAACACUCGGAGGAUCGCAAGAUCGGGGUGCAAGAGUACAUAAAGAAAAAGAGACACUUCAACCAGGAAUUAUCGACAGUCAACGACCUCCAAUUCCUUCAAACUCAGAGACAGCCAACCCAUCGUUGAAGAUUGUAAUGUGUGUGCAUGUCCUUCGAUGCAUGAAUGCGUGAUACCGGUGACAGGCAACGAAAAUUUAUUAGAACAAUCAUUAAGGUGAUCUGUUCAAGGCUUAACAUACUUAAUCAAUGAUGAAACAAUGGAUAGUAUUAUUGCAAUAAAAUACAAAUUUAUGCAGACGAACUUUA